AUGAUAGCAGACUCAGCGACCAAUCACGCUCCAGACUGCGGGUCUGUGUGCAACCAGUCUUCGUCUCUGGAGGGCCAGGGCCCGCCGGUGCUGGUCGACGCCUGGCUGGUCCCUACCUUCUUCGGCCUCAUCAUGCUGGUCGGCCUGGUCGGGAACUCGCUGGUCAUCCACGUGGUCACCAAGCACCAGCAGAUGAAGACCGUCACCAACUUCUACAUCGUAAACCUGGCUACGACCGACAUCUUGUUCCUGGUCUGCUGCGUGCCCUUCACCGCCACGCUGUACCCGCUGCCCAGCUGGAUCUUUGGAGAGUUCAUGUGCCGCCUGGUGAACUACCUUCAGCAAGUGACGGCUCAGGCGACCUGCAUCACGCUGUCGGCCAUGAGCGUGGACCGCUGCUACGUCACCGUCUAUCCUCUGCAGUCGCUGCGACGCCGAACCCCCCGCAUGGCUCUGGCCGUGUCCGUGUCCAUCUGGAUCGGCUCCCUGCUUCUCUCCAUCCCCGUCGCCGUCUACCAGCGUCUGGAGGCCGGGUACUGGUUCGGUCCUCAGACCUACUGCAGCGAGGUGUUCCCCUCAGCUCGCCUCCAGAGAGCCUUCAUCAUCUACAGCUUCCUGGCCGUCUACCUGCUGCCUCUGCUCACCAUCACCGCCUGCUACGCCUUCAUGCUCAAGCGCAUGGGCCAGUCCAGUGUGAAUCCCAUCGACAGCAGCUACCAGCUCCAGGCUCAGGCAGAGCGAGCAGCGGCGGUGAGGGCCAGAGUGUCCCGCAUGGUGGUGGUGAUGGUGGUCCUGUUCCUCAUCUGCUGGGGGCCCAUCCAGGUGUGCAUCCUCCUGCAAGCGUUCGGCCUCCGUAGCUACAUCCUGUACAAGCUGAAGAUCUGGGGCCACUGCAUGUCCUACUCCAACUCCUCCGUCAACCCGCUGGUCUACGCCUUCAUGGGCAACAACUUCAGGAAGGCCUUCAGGAACGCCUUCCCCGCCGUGGUCCUGUGGCGCACCAGGGGCAGGGUCAGGGUGGGAAACCUGGACGCCGAGGACGGGGGGGAGGCGGAUCAGCGGGUCGGGGCACCCAAAGGAGAAGAAGAGAUGCACUUCCUUUCAUCCGGCUCCUAA